AUGGGCACGGACAAGGGGACGGGAAGGCGCGAGCCUAGCGCAAACAGCAAUGCAGAUCAAAAUGCAGCCAAUGCAUUAUUGCAAAAUGUAGCGACACACGAAAGCAGGCGACAGGAGAAGGGCAGAUCUGGCACAGGGUCAUACGACCACAGACAGCACUUGGAGGGGGAUGUAUACAGCAACGGCACGGAACUUUACAUGGAAUCUCUUGGGAAUGACCAAUUUUUGACCAUUCAGGACAUAUACGGCCAGGAUCACGUUGCCACUCCGAAGGGCCACACCAACCUGUCACAAAUCGGCAGUGAGAGUGGCUCCUUCCUUCUGAACCAAGGAGGGGACCACAAGGAGCAGGUCUUGCACUACGCCGCGGACAAAUAUGGGCCGAUGGUUGCAUACAGCAAGCCGCAGAAGGCUGCUCACUUCGGAUACACCGUUGGAGGCGACUUCUACCUGCCGCCACCGGCGCAGACGGCGCCUUCUCAGCCAGAAAUAUCCUUCACCUCGUGGAACCCGAGGGAUUUCUCCAUGUACCAGCACAACACGUUCUUAGGAAACGACAGCGGCAACUCAACCAUAGACGGAGAUUCGGUGGAGGACGCUGAGGAGCUCGUCGGACCCGACGGCACCAUGCCGCCGGCCAACAAAAGAGACCCGAUUUACACUGCGAUAUCAGGCCUCAAGUGGAAGGCAAAGAGCAAGAAAUGGGUUGUCAGGUGGGACAACCCGAUCACGAACAGGCGCGUGUACAAAUAUUUCAGCGGGAUCAGGUACGGGUUCAUGGAGGCCCACAAGCGUGCCAAGUACUACCUCGAGUUCCUCAACGCGUCAGUAGGCAGGCUAGAAGCGCCUAGCGUUGGCAACCCGUUCUGUAGACGCAUAGAUGGUCCUCCGAAGGGAAAGGCGAACAAGGGGCUCAUAAGGAAACUCAUGACCCGGAACCGCGCUGAAAUCAUGUUCAAAAAUAAUCAUGUGAUGUAUGGGUACAACGGCCACCCGCCCUACAGCAACACAAUGAAAUUUGACGUGCCGCACGACUCGAACGCCCAAGAACAGCCCAUGUACCGGUUAGGCUCAAGCAUGAACGACCCGUACUGCAUUGCGGAAGCAACCACUUCCGGAUACUGA